UUUAUAUACAUGUUCUUUUUUUAGUUAUAUAAAUUAUAGUACACAAAGGAAAGUAUAUAAUAUACAAUACAAUAAGUAUACAAUGUUGGCUCAGAAGCUCAUGUCAAGGUUGUGCCAGUGUAAAAGACAUGUAUAUUGUAUGCAACAAAAUCAGUUGUCAACUUCCUUGCUCUCACUAGCUGGAUCAAAGUAUAGACUUCGAAAUAACCAAGCAGCAGACGCGUUAGCCUAUGGGCCUUUAACAGAUCUUCCAGACUGGACAUAUGUUGACAACAAACCAACUUAUAUAACCCGUAAACGACAGAUUCGACAGAUGGAAAGGGUUAAAAUGGCAUCGCAAAUUUAUAAUUUGACAAAGGAGAUUGAUAAACAAAAGCAUGCCAAUAAAGAUAACAUCGAUUGAAUAACAAGAAGUUAAAAUUUAUUUGCUCACUGUUAUUUAUAUCACAUAACUUCUUUUUGUAAGAUUUUGAUAAAACAAUAUUAGUUUUC